UUCAGACGCUUGGAGAGACAUGUUCCACAGGCAUCCCCAGGUGUGACAUCACAACCAUCUGCAUCUCAGCCAACCGACUCAGCCUGUGGGUGGUGGAAUAUCUCAAGCAGCGGGGGGCUGCCGUCGACUAUCAUCUAGCUUCGCUCCCCUGUCUCCACCCAGCUUCUUUCCAUCUAAAGAGGAUCAGGUCCGAAGAGGAUGCAGAGCCCCCUCCACUUCCCGCCGAAGUCCAUCAGGCUGUGGGCCAUUUUCUGCCUGGUCUUUGCGGCUGCUGUCGUCUCCUGUAGAAAGCCGUGUGAAGACGUCGGCCCAGCCAACAUCGAUUUCUUGUUCAAGCUCUACUGGCAGUUGACUUCCAAGGCCCCAAAUGACACCAUCCUGCUUUCUCCAGUGGGCAUCUUGUCCAACUUGGUGACCAUCUCCCUCGGGGCCCAAUCCCAAACCCAGAGGCAGAUCUUGGAGACCCUGCAAUUCAAUCUCACAAAACUGUCACAUGACCAGAUCCUUAGGGGCUUCUGGUGUAUACAAACCGCCCUCAAUGCACCUGGCACAUUGCCACAUACGAAAAUAGGGAGCGCUCUGUUCACCUCCCCAAGUGCGCUGCCACCACAAACUUUCACAGACAGGGCUGCCUACACGUUCGGAUCCAAGAUCGUCAAUAUGGACUUCCUGGAUGCUUUGAAGGCAGAGAAUGAAAUAAACGAAUAUGUCAAGGAUCUGGUCUUUGGCAGGAUCAAGGAUGCGAGCCCCAAAUUGAACAGUCACACUUCAUCAGUCCUCGUGAGUACUUCAUUCAUUGAAGGUCUGUGGGACUUCCCCUUUGAUGCCAGUCAGACCGCAGAGAUGGACUUUUUCGUGAAUGACAGGAAGGUCAUCAAGGUCCCCUUCAUGUACCAGAAGGGUCAGUUUUUAACCUACCGUGAUGAGACGGUGGCCUGCACUCUGGUCCAUAAGACAACCAAGGAAGCAUCUGGGGUAUAUUUCAUCCUUCCUGAUGAAGGGAAGAUGAAGCAGGUGGAAGAGGCUAUGAGUGGGAAUCUCCUUCUCAGAUGGUAUGACGUCAACGUUAUGAGCAAUGAAGAGCUGUACAUCCCCAAAUUCUCUCUGUCGACCAUCUACGAGCUGGAGGAGACCCUUCCUGACUUGGGGAUCAAGGACCUCUUCACGCAGCAGGCUGACCUCUCCGGCCUCAGCAAGCAGUCUGGUGUGUCCAUCUCAAGGGUGCAACACAAGGCCACACUGGAGAUGAAGGAAGAUGGCCUCAUAGCUGCGGAGUUCACCAGCACUAUGGUGUCCUCAGGGCCAGUGCGCCCUCCACCAGUCCCAUCAACCCUUUCUCCUCCCGUCCACCCUGAGGCGUCAAAGACAACCCCUCACGCACCCAUCCGCUUCAACAGGCCCUUCCUGAUGGGUGUCUUUCACCAAAGAUCCUACACCACACUCUUCUGGGGAAAGGUCAUCAAUCCGGCUCUCCAUGGGGCUCCACAGGGCAAGGCAUGACCCCUCUGAUCCAGAUAGGUCUCUGCCUCAUGACCAUGACCCUACUCCACCUUCUUCAUCUCCCUUGGCCCCUCUCCCCGAUGAUCCCAGGGGCCACAUUUUCAAGUGUCGGGGCAUCUCUGGCUAAAUAAAUCUACCCUGUCAGAACAA